GCCAGUCCUCAGUUGAUGGACGAUUACUUCUGUGCCUUGUAGGAACAGGUAAAUCUUUUCUUUCUCUUUCUUCUUCUUCUUUUUUUAAACUUUGAAAUCUCCUGAUCUCGAAUACGAUACGAUUCCCCGUGCUGCAACCAAAAGCUCAUUCUACGAGUUGCAGUAUAGAUGGCACGAUGUUAUCCGAUUCAUGUCUUUCAUUAAUUGCUUGGAAAGGCACAAACAACUCGGCUCUAAGACCUCUUGCAACAUAUUCAUCAGUUCCAAGUCAAUGGGACACAUGCGUUCCCAUUCAAACCAGCUUUCCGGCACGCGACUGUUGCGCAAACGGCCCAGGCUUUGUGUCCUCUCCCUCGCUGAUAUUUUCAUCAGUUCCCUUGUUAUAGCAGGAUAUUGCAAGAAGCAUUCCCCUUCUACUCGACGAUUUUUCUCGGAUUCGUCCAAUCCUCUUUCCGCCGCAAAAGCCGCCCAUGUGCUGGUAUCGUCCGAAUCGACAGAUGGCCGAGGACCGCCGACCACCCCUGCUCAGAGAGUAUACCUUGAGCCACGUCCCGUCCCCGGACUGAACAGCUCUGAGGCAUCCAUAUAUCGAUCUCUCAAAUCGGAGUUACCGCCCGACGCACCUCUAAAUCCGAAGGCGUAUUUGGCUGCAAAGCGAACCCCCCAUCCCAACUACAGGCAAUUAUUCGAUUUUUUCCACAGAACCCUUGGCUAUGAGGAGGGAACAAAAGGCUUGAUGGUUGCUCUGUCCAAUCCGAAUUCAGACAUGCGUGUUUUUGGAAGUCAAAUGUCGGAUGGUGUUGAAGAUGACCUGGAAACCCCAGGGGUUAAACGCCUCAUCUCCCUUUUGGGGAAAGAUUCGGUCUCAAACAGGACGCUUUUCCGCGCAUACCGACGCCUUCCGUCACCAAGAAUAUCCUGCCUUUCUUACUGGAGUCGCAAGAUCCUACUCCACCGAUUUGCGAACCCUCCCCGGCGGCACCCCCAUGACUCCAUGCGUUAUCUUUCUAUCAUCGAAGACAUGUGUGAAGCAUCUCUCCCCUUAACCCCCUCUCUUUGGACAGCCGCGAUUGCUCUAGCAGGCAAGAGCUCCGACAAGGUAUCAAGGACUUCUUUUCGAUCCGCGCUUGGUGUUUGGCGACGCAUGGAAUAUGAAGGCAAGGUGACAAGCAACAGCCUUGUUUUUAACAUGCUCUUUGAUCUUGCCAUAAAAGCUGGCCAGUACAAGGUUGCGGAUAAAAUCAUUUUAGAGAUGCGGCAACGAGGUAUUGAUUUCUCGCGGUUUGGCAGGGUGGCACAGAUCUUUUACUCUGGGGUACAGGGAGACGCUGCGGCAGUCCGGCAGGCAUAUCAUGACUUUGUCAACGCGGGAGAGCUCGUCGAUACAGCCGUCCUUAACUGUGUUAUGGCAUCCUUGAUUCGCACGGGACACUUGGGACUUGCCGAGCAAAUGUACGAUAAUAUGAAGAGUCUCCACAACAAGAUCGUUAGGGACCAACGCGAAUCCGGGCUGCCAUUGUCUCACUUACCAUCGAAUGAUUAUAUGUCCUAUCGGAAAGCAAGCAAGUAUAUCGGCCGCAUUCUCAGUAUGGCGGCUUUUUUGCAUGACAAGCUACCAAAGCAUCACCGAGCGCUGCAGGGGGCACUCCCCUUAGCGCCUGACGGGAAGACAUUUCAUAUAUUCCUGUCUUAUCAUGCAUUCAUAUCCGGCGAUCUUGAACGUUUCCUCAGUUUAUUACAGGACAUGGAAAAUACAUUCGAUUCUCCCCCACAAGGGAUGGUCUAUUUAUUUUUGUUCGAGGGAUUCGCAAAACACGGAAACAAAAGGAAGUCAGACUGGACUCUUGAGCGAUUGAGGCGAGCGUGGACUUCAUUUUUACGUGAUAUGAACGAAUCGGAACAGCGAGAUCUGACUCGGGUCCAACAAAGAAUUUCCAAGCUGGUAUGGGAGACACGACUAAAUCAACGCUAUCGUGAAUCUGAAGACACUUCCGAUGAACCUAAUCUGCGGCGAAUAACUACACACAAUGGCGAGAAUGAUCUGAAGACCUCUGAUGACAUCAUGGGCACCGGCGUCUUCAAUCCAUACUCCAAGAGCGAGGCUCUGGAGGCCAAUGGCUAUGAUGAUGACUAUGACGAUGAAGAGGACGAGUACUAUUACGAACACGGCGUUUUCCUUGGUCGAAGAAUUGUUAUUGCUUGCCUCCGAGCACACUCUGUUUGCGGUGGACCCAAGGCGGUGCUUGGUGUCUGGGACCAGAUCAAGCCUCUGUGGCGCCCAGAGGCUCAGAGAUUGAAGGAUAUUGUCGCUGUAAACAAAGUCCUGUACGAACUUUUGCCUGAUAAACGUCCCUAAGAUCUGACGAUAUUCCGAGAGCACAGUUGGGUUUGCCCUAUCUUGU